GAGAGAAUAGCUAAACAGUAGAAAAGGGCCUAGGCCAAAAUGGCCUAGGCCUGAGCUUAAGGGAGAGUGAGUCAGUCUUUAUCACUCACCACAAGGUCUUCUCCAAGCAAGCUCCAGGCCUCACUUCAACUCUGAACUCUAACUAUCCCCAAACUGACUUCCAAUCCAAAAAACCGGAAUUACCUGAACUGAUUUUUCCUUUUAAAGAAAUUUUCUCCUAUGUCACCUCCCCUAAAUUUUCACAUCUUCCAAUCACAAUAGAUGCUUUUUCCCAGGACUGCACAUUCUUAGUACUCAUCUUCUUUUGUUCUCACCUUCUCUGCUUAGAUAAAAUCUACUGAGUACAUCACACCUCUUUUGUUAAGCUUGCCUUUUGUAAGUUGCUUGACCUUUUAGGUACUAAUUUAACCUUUAUUGGUACUUAGCACCCUUUUGUAUUAGAUCUAAAAAUAGACCUAGCUUAAGGUUCUCUGUUUCCCCCCAGACCCUCUCUGGACCACCUACCCCACAGUCACUGGCUCAGGCUCUUAUUCUCUUGAUUCCACAGUGGGGAAACUGAGGCAAAGGCUGGAGAAGGGCCGUGGCUAGGCUCCCCCAUCUGGUCAGUAUCUGAGGCUAUGUUUGAGCCCAGAUCUUGGGGUUCCAGGCAGGAGGGAAGCCCCCAUGUCACCUGAUUCCUCCACCUGGGGAGAAGGUUGGCCCCUCCUUUGGGGAGCCUCUGGAGUCCCCCCAAAGCAGGAGCAGCAGGAUGUUCAGAGAGAGCCCUGGAGGAGGGGAACCUGGGAAGGGGGGCCUGGGCUGUCAGCUGCUGACCUCUGCCUUAGUUUCCUUUUGUGUCAGAAGGGGGAUCCCAGUGCCACCUCCACAGGCCCUGAGGAGCAGAGAUCCCUGGACUGCUCAGUCAGUCAGUCAGUCAGUCAGGUCAAUAGACACCUAUUAGGCACCUGCUCUGUGCCAAGCCCCAUCCUGAAGCAGCUUCCAGACUAAGGAAGAAGCAGCUGGCAGGGCAGGAAGGGGAAAUGGGGAGAGGGGGAGCAGCGGGCAGCCCUCCAGGGCGGGAACAAUUCCUUUGUACCCCUCCCCCACCACCCAGGAGGCCAGGCAGGAGGACUCCCUUUCCCAGAAGAACCUAGUCAUGCCAUCAUGCAAGUUUGGGCCUCCCCUGUGGAGGACUCCAUUUCCCAGAAUGCCGGUUCCCUGACUUCUCCCAAGUCUUGGCUCCUCCCCACCGUGGUAGCCGCGGGGCAUGCUGGGAACCUCAUGUGCGGCAGUCUCAGCUCUUGGAAAAGUCGCUGGUGAUUUUCUUGGAACUUUGCCUGGGUGCACACAGAGGAAGUCUCCCCCCCUCGGGGCUGCCACCCCCUGAAGGACCCCAGGGUGGCCCCGCAGAGAGCCGGCAGCCAGAGGAAUGGCCCCCGGGACCCCGAGGCCCCCCUCCCAGGGGUCAAUAACAUUCAAGGAUGUGGCUGUGGACUUCACCCAGGAAGAAUGGUGUCUACUGGACCAUUCUCAGAAAGAGCUGUAUCUGGAGGUCUUGCUGGAGAAUGUGCAGAAUCUACUCUCUGUGGGGCUUCCAGUAACUAGAGAACAUUUAAUCUCCUGUUUUCAGCAAGGGAAAGCACCAUGGCUGCUAGAGCACAAGGGCGGAAAGAGCUCCUCUCCAGUGGUAGAUUUUGAAGUGAAGGUGAUGUGUACAAAGCUGAGCCUUUUUGUGGAAGGAUCUGGCCCCCAAAGAUGCAUGAAUGAGGAUCCUCAUGACUUCAUUUUGAAAGAAAUGUGUGAUUCUACUAUCAAUGUAAAUAAAAAUCUAAAGAGUGACUAUGAAAUUGAUGAAAUUGCAGGGAAAUUCAACCAAUAUUCAGUCCUAACUCAGUACACGACAAUGACCUCAGGAAAUAACUGUUAUCAGGAUAGCAAAUAUAGGAAAUCCUUUUCUGAAGUGGGAUUUGUUCAGUCACCUGAGAAACCUGAAAUGCCCGUGUAUCAAGGUAAGAUAGGAGGAAUGGACUUUGGUUGGAGUUUAGACUCCAUUAGACAUCCAAAAAGUAAACCUGUAGAGAUGUUUUCUGUGAAUAAUAAAGUUGGGAGACCUUUCAGUCAGAAACCUAAGCUUCCUGCACAUCAGAGAAUCCAUACUGCAGAGAAACCUUAUGAAUGUAAACAUUGUGGAAAGGCUUUCUCUCACAGAGGCUCUCUUGUUCACCAUGAGAGAAUACACACAGGAGAGAAACCUUAUGAAUGUCAACACUGUGGAAAAGUUUUCAGACAGAGGGGCAAUCUUAUUGCACAUCAGAGAAUCCACACUGGAGAAAAACCUUAUGAAUGUCAACAGUGUGGAAAGGCUUUCAGACAGAGUACCCACCUUAUUACACAUCAGAGCAUCCACACUGGAGAGAAACCUUAUGAAUGUAAACACUGUGGAAAGGCUUUUACAGAGAAGAGAUCUCUUGCUAGUCAUCAGAGCAUCCACACUGGAGAGAAACCAUAUGAAUGUCAACACUGUGGAAAGGCUUUCAGACAGAGGAGAAGUCUUGCUCCACAUCAGAGAAUCCACACUGGGGAGAAACCUUAUGAAUGUAAACACUGUGGAAAGGCUUUUACAGAGAAGAGAUCUCUUGCUAAUCAUCAGAGGAUCCACACUGGAGAGAAACCUUAUAAAUGUAAACACUGUGGAAAGGCUUUCUCACAGGGGAGCAAUUUUAUUAUACAUCAGAACAUCCACACUGGAAAGAAACCUUAUGAAUGUAAACAAUGUGGAAAGGCUUUUACAGAGAAGGGAUCUCUUGCUAAGCAUCAGAGAAUCCACACUGGAGAGAAACCUUAUGAAUGUAAACAAUGUGGAAAGGCUUUUACAGAGAAGGGAUCUCUUGCUUCCCAUCACAGAAUCCACACUGGAGAGAAACCUUAUGAAUGUCAGCACUGUGGAAAAGCUUUCACACAUAGGGGCAAUCUUAUUGCACAUCAGAAAAUCCACACUGGAGAGAAACCUUAUGAAUGUCUACAGUGUGGAAAGGCUUUCACACUGAGGCACAGUCUUAUUGCACAUCAGAGAAUCCACACUGGAGAGAAACUUUAUGAAUGUCAACAAUGUGGAAAAGCUUUCACACAUAGGGGCAAUCUUAUUGCACAUCAGAGUAUCCACACUGCAGAGAAAUCUUAUGAAUGUAAACAGUGUGGAAAGUCUUUCACACUGAGGCACAGUCUUAUUGCACAUCAGAGAAUCCACACUGGAGAGAAACUUUAUGAAUGUCAACAAUGUGGAAAGACUUUUACAGAAAAGGGAUCUCUUGCUAAGCAUCAGAUCAUCCACACAGGAGCGAAACCGCAUAAAUGUAAACACUGUGGAAAGACUUUCACAAAUAGGAGCAGUCUUAUUGCACAUAAGGGCAUCCACACUACAGAGAAAACUCAUGUAUGUAAACAUUGUGGAAAGGCUUUCACAAAGAGGGCCUUUCUUGUUCAACAUGAGAGAAUCCACACUGGGGAGAAACCUUAUGAAUGUAAACACUGUGGAAAGGCUUUCAGCCAGAGGGGUAAUCUUAUUGCACAUCAGAGAAUCCACACUGGAGAGAAACCUUAUAAAUGUCAACAGUGUGGAAAGGCUUUUACAGAGAAGGGAUCUCUUUGUAAGCAUCAGAGAACCCACACUGGAGAGAAACCUUACGAAUGUCAACACUGUGGGAAAGCUUUCAGACAGAGGGGCAAUCUUAUUGCACAUCAGAGCAUCCACACUGGAGAUUAACCAUAUAAAUGUAAAUUGUGGAAAGGCUUUUACAGAGAGAGGCUAUCUUGUUAAAUAUGAGAGAAUCCACACUGCAGAGUAACUUUAUGAAUGUAAACUUUAUGGAAAGGCUUUUACAUGUAGGGGAUCUCUUGCUAAGUAUCAGAGCAUCAAAGCUAAAGAGAAAACUUAUGAAUGUAAAAUAGUGUUUAAAGUUUCUUCACUCUAAGGAGCAAUAUUGCCAGGCAUCAGAAAAUCCCCACUGCAGACAAACCUUAUAAAUGUAAACAUGGAAAGAGUUUUACAUGGAAGGAAUCUCUUUCCAGACAUCAGACGAUCCAGACGGGAAAGAAACCUUAUUGUAUGGAAUAAAAUUGUGUUGUAUUCGCCAGCAUGUAUUAAUUAGUAUUAAUAAUCUUUGGUUGGCAACUUCCUAAAGAAGAGUUGUGAAAGUCUGGUGACUGUCAGAAGGGAGAUACUAAUCUCUCCUUACAAAGAGUAGAGAAAUCCCCCUCCCCAGCAUCUUUUUACCUACAUAAAUAUAUACCUUCAAUUCAUUCUUAUGUGGUUAAAACCUCUUUUUAAAAAUUCAGAUUGAGGGUGGCAGUUGGGUAGCUCAGUGGAUUGAGAGCCAGGCCUAUAGAUGGGAGGUCCGAGGUUCAAAUCUGGCCUCAGACACUUCCCAGCUGUGUGACCCUGGGCAAGUCACUUAACCCCCAUUACCUAGCCCUUGCCACUCUUCUGCCUUGGAGCCAAUAGGCAGUAUUGACUCCCAAGACAAAAGGUAAAGUGUUUUUAAAAAAAUUCAGAUUCAGAAUAUGUGAAGGAUAUCAUGGAAUCGAUUGUGUCAUGAGGAUAGAAUGGCAGCAGGAAAAAAGCAACAGAGUCAAAAAAUCAGGAGAUAGGAGUCAAGGUGGAUGUCCUUUGCACUGCCCCCUAGAGUGCCCCUCGGGAGGACCAAAUGCAAUGAAAAGGGACAUUCGACUCCUGAAACUUGAUGUGUAAGGGUUAGUGGGAGGGGGAAAAGUUUUAUAGAAUGAGACAAGAGCAGAUUUUGCUCUCUUAUGGCUUUGUUGCUUGCUGGACUUUCCUGUGAGCAUGCCAUAAUGUCAGAGGCAGAAUAGCAAGUUAAAUGGAGCAACCAGGAAAGUAACAUAUCUCUCCUCUUUUCUCCUUUUUCUGAUGCCCCAAAGCAUAAGAGGCAGCCAUCAGACUACUGGUUGCCUGCCACCCUGGUAUCCCCAGUAUAGGCUGUUCUCCCCAGUACUGCCCCUGUUCCUGGGAUAGCCUGUUUUCUUUCUUAGGAUCCCACAAGCCAGUGCACCACCACCUCCUGGCUUACAGUAAACAUGCAGAGAAUUUAAAAACAAAAAAGGUAAAAAUAAAAUCCUAAAAUUAAACAUAAUUAAAAUAAAAAUUCAUGAAAUUAGAUAAAAUCUAACAAAAUAAAGUUAUAAAUACAUAAAAUUAAUUAAUUUGGUACACAAAUUACUUAGUUCAUUUCAGAAUUUAUUGCCCUGUAUUGAUUUCUUAUUGAACCCUAACACCAAUGUCUAGCUUUGUUAAUUUUUAAAAUAAACUUAAAGGAAGUUGUGUCAACAUUUUUUAUUAGUGUUGGAAAUGUUUUGGAAUUCUUUAAUUAUUUGAUGUAUAUUUCACUGCUUGACCUUAGGCCCAAUACCACAUACCUCCUGUAGCAGCCAUCGUCAACUUCCCCCUUCCCCCUCCUAUGUGAAUCUUAAAACUGCUCAGACUCUACCUUAGAAGAUUUGGUUAAGCUAUUCCCCAUUUCUAACAAUGGAAGUACUUGAUCAGGAAUGUAUUGAGAACUUUAAAAUUACUCCACCCUGCUCAGACAAGUGCCUUAGGGGAAGAUAAAGUUGUAAACUCCCGAUUGAACAAUGAAAAGUCCCCAACUCAUACUUAUAGUUAGUAGUAGUCUCUCCGUGACCGAGAAUGACAUUGUCUUUGUGUGUUUUCAUCUACGGUGUACCCUCAUAUGGCUUUGGAGUCCAAAGACUGAGGUGCAAAGUUUGUGACACAUGGGGCAUGGAACACCAGUUGUUACGGAAGGUGCAGUUGUGGCCUGGUGUUGGCGUUCAUGUGCAGCGGCAAGAAGUCGACGUCACUCAUCUUCAAAGGUGGUGGCGGCAUGGUUAGUGUGGGUACGCCAACUGCUUCUGUCAGAGGCAGCGAGUUCUAGUUGCUUUGGUGUAAUGCCAGCCCACUUCAAGUUUGACUUUAACUGAUCUGUGUACCUUUUCUUUGGUCGGCCUUGUUUCCUGAGUCCAGCUGACAGUUCACCAUAGAAUACCUGUCUUGGUAUUCGCUGUGGGUCCAUGCGGAUGACGUGUCCAGACCAUCGUAGCUGGGUUUUGAGGACCAUUACUUUGAUGCUGGUGGAGUUGGCUCUGUCAAGGACUUCCUGGUUGGUGAUUCUCUCCUGCCAUCGGAUCCUCAUGAUUGACAGGAGAGAGCAUUGGUGGAAUUGCUCCAGCUGUUUCAUGUGCUUUUGGUACAGUGUCCAUGUCUCGCAACCGUACAGGAGUGAGCUGAGGACCACUGCGUUGUACACUUUGAGCUUCGUUGCAGUGCUUCACUUUUUUUUUUCACUUAUUGUGAAGCAAAAACUCUUAGCUAGGUGGUGUAUUUUUCGAUCUAAUACAAAAGGGUGCUAAGUACCUAUAAACGUCAAAUUAAUCACUAAAAGGUCAAGCAACUUACAAAGGGCAGGCUUAGCAAAGAGAUGUGAAAUACUGAGAAGAUAUAAUCUAAUCAGAGAAAGUGAUAACAAAAAAAGAUGUGAACUAAGAAUGGACAGUCCAGGGAAAAAGGGUCUACUUUGAUUGGUAGAUGUGAAAAUUUAGGGGAGGUGAGAUAAGAGAAAAUUCUCUUUUAAAGGAGGUCAGGAGUUCAGAAGAGGGUCUCUGAACUUAUUUGGAGUUUGGAGGAGCUGGCUCUCUAAACUGAGUUCAGCAGUUGAGGAUUUCAGUGAAGGACUGGAAUUUUGCUUUAGGACCAUCUUAUGGUAAGUGAUAAAAGACUGACUAGUCUUUCUUAAGGCUCAGGCCUAGGCCAUUUGACCUAGACCCUUCCUACUAUUUCCUCUUUCUCUCUCUCCCUUCCCUUAAAUACCUUCAUUUGUAUUAAUUAAAAUCUCCAUAAAACCUA